CCUCUCCGCCCGCCCGCGCCAGCACCCCCUCCUUUCAUCCUCAGCCAGUCAUCCUCCCCGCCGGCCGCCGCUGCAAGCUCCGCCUCGCUCCCUCCCUCCAACUCCUCCUCUCGUUGCCCCCCACCCCCCGAGCAGCUGAACUGAGCUGGAAGGUCCGUCCGGCCUUGCACUGCUUCCUUCUUCGUUCCGUUCCGCCCCUCCCUCGGUAAGAAUUGAGCUUGCUUGGCCUGCUCAGAUCAACUCUUACGCCUUCCUCUUGUUUUCCUGUAUGUGAGCCUUCGAAUCCACACCUUUUCUUGCCGUACGGUUCGUGCCGAUGCCAUUGUUGUCCUUGAUGUUCUAGUGAAUCCGUGCUCUCUCUCUCUCUCUCUCUCUCUCUCUCUCUCAGGAAACAGGAGGGGCAUUCCCCAUUCCGUUCUCUUUUCUUGACGUGCUCACUCUUGUAAUGUCCUAGUCCAUGUGUUACACAAUGGCAUGAUGUGCUUAUUGGCAUUAGCGGUGCUUGUUCUCUUCAAUUAUGUCAGAUACUUUUCAUCUCUGAAUAUGAUCGUUAUACCAAUUACCAAGUCAAGUUCUGAAUAUGUCCUAGUCCAUGUGUUAUGGCACCUGUUGGACUCACGGAUUUUGAGGUUGAGGACUGGUCUUCUACAAGCAUGGUAUCAUGGUAGAGAACGGUGUACAGCUGACACUGACCUCCACUUUGAAGAGCACAGGCAAGGCAAAAAUCAAUGGAGACGGGCUGAGUAAUGGGUCACACGACAAAGAGAAGCAGGAACAUAAUGGCGAUCUACAACCAUCAAAAGGCCAGAAGCAGCAGCUGUGCACAACAUGCGCAAAAGGCCAUACUUGUCAAUCGGUCAUUAACCGGACAAGACAAAUGCGAGCUCUGAUCAACUCAAAGAAGCCUUACCAAGCGCACUCUGUAUUUAAGCACCUGGUGGAUGAGGGACACAAGCCUUCAUUGGUCACAUACACAACUCUACUGACUGCCCUGACAAACCAGAGGAUGUUUGAGUCGAUUCCAUCACUGCUUGCUCAAGUUGAGCUAGCUGGAUUGAGGCCAGACUCCAUCUUCUUCAAUGCCUUGAUCAAUGCAUUUGUCGAGGCGAAGCGAAUGGGUGAAGCAAUAAACACAUUCUGGAAAAUGAAGCAUUCCGGCUGCCAUCCAACAACAAGCACCUUCAAUACACUGAUAAAAGGGUAUGGCAUUGUAGGCAAACCCGAAGAAUCACAGCGCGUCUUCGACAUGAUGGGUGUUGAAGAAUCAGUCAGGCCAAACCUCACAACAUACAACAUUCUUGUGAAGGCGUGGUGUGACCAGAGAAAUCUUGAGGAGGCCUGGCGCAUUGUGGGAAAAAUGCGAGCAGGCGGUGUUGAGCCUGAUAUCGUCACGUACAAUACCAUAGCCAGCGCAUAUGCCAAUAAUGAUGAGACAUGGAGAGCAGAAGAGCUCAUUGUGGAGAUUCAGACUAGAGUGCGCACCAGCGAGCGAACAUGGGGCAUAAUCAUUGGUGGUUACUGCCGGGAGGGCAGGUUGGAGGAGGCAUUGAGGUGUGUCAGGCAAAUGAAGGACGCAGGAGUCAUUCCUAACGUCGUUAUCUUCAACACAUUGCUCAAGGGCUUCCUCGAUGCAAAUGACAUGGCUGCAGCAAAUAAUAUCCUUGGGCUGAUGGAGCAGUUUGGCAUCAAGGCUGACAUUGUCACAUACAGCCACCAGUUGAACACAUUCAGCUCACUAGGCCACAUGGCCAAAAGCAUGAAGGUGUUUGACAAGAUGAUUGAGGCAGGCAUUGAGCUAGAUCCUCAGGUGUACAGCAUUCUUGCAAAAGGAUACGUCCGCGCUCAGCAGCCCGAGAAAGCAGAAGAGCUCCUACUGCAAAUGAGUCAGAUUGGUGUCCGCCCAAAUGUCAUCACCUUCACGACUGUCAUCAGCGGGUGGUGCAGCGUGGCCGACAUGGUGAGUGCCAUGAGAGUCUAUGAGAAGAUGUGCAAAUCAGGCGUCCAUCCUAAUCUCAGGACAUUUGAGACUCUGAUCUGGGGUUACAGUGAACAGAAGCAACCAUGGAAAGCUGAGGAAGUCCUUCAGAUGAUGCAGGCGACUGGUGUCAAGCCAAAGCAAAGCACCUACGGUCUCGUUGCUGAUGCAUGGAAAGCAAUUGGUUUGAUAGAGAAUGCCAACCAGGCAAACAGUUCCUUCAAUGGUCGCCAUGCGAUCGACAAUUCGGAUCAUUCAGAUGACAGUAGUAACCUGCAAAUAUCAGAAGACGAUAACAAGCUGCAAAGUUUUGAAAAAAGUAAUGGACAUGGAAUGAAUGGUAGGUCACGCUCCAGUUUUCUUCAGAUGACAAGCGCACUUGGCAGCAGUGGUUUAGUUUCUUCCAAGAUACUGAAGGCUGGAGAAUUUCCAUCCAAAAGAUUGAAGGCCGUUAACAACACAUCCUUACUACAAAGUUCGUACCGGUUUCAAUUGCGGUAUUCUGGGUUUUGUAGAAAGCAGCUUCAGAAGAAUGGUGGAUUCUACAGUCAGAGUGUCAGCUCAUUCAAAAUGGUGUUUCUCUAGUAGAGGGUGAAUUUUUUUUAAUAGAUGUAAACAUUGGUCCGAAGCUGUAUGCAAAUCUUGGUGUUCCAAGUCUAAUGCCUACGAUGUGGGUCAUUUUGUAUGAUUCUGUAUCAAUUCCUGCAGUGCCUAGCACUUCAAAUGUUCAAAAAAAAAAUCACAAGCCAUCUCAAUA